AUGACAAUGGUCAACGUCGCAAUCGCAGGCGGCACGGGCGCCGUUGGCCGGACCCUCAUCGAGGUGCUGGCAUCUCAGACCAAACACCAAGCCAUCAUCCUCACUCGCAAGGCCCCCGACACGGAUGAAAAGCCCCUUGCGCCGACGUACCAAGUAGACUACACCGACGUGGACGCUCUCACGUCUUUCCUCGAGGAGCAAAACAUCCACACCGUCAUCAGCGCCUUCGGCAUCGACGGUACCUCCCUCGCGACAUCGCAGCUCAACCUCAUCAAAGCCGCCGACCGCUCACCGGCCACGAAGCGCUUCAUCCCGAGCUCGUUCGCAAUGCGAUACCCCGAAGACGGCGUCAAGAUUCUCCCUCCGCUAGAACACUACUUCACGUCCCUCGCCGCGCUAUCGUCGACGACAUCGCUCGAGUGGGCGGUCGUCCUCAACGGCACCUUCCUCGAGUACUUUGCCCCUCCGGCUCUGAAAUCGCACCACCCGCCGCACAGCGUCAUCGUGCUCGACAUGGAACACAACGCGGCCGCGAUCCCGGGAGACGGUAACACCCCCGUGACGUUCACGUACACUUUCGACGUGGCGCGCUUCGUCGUCGCGGCGCUUGACCUCGACCGCUGGCCAGAGACCCACGAGCUGCGCAUCGUCGGCGACGAACUCACCUUUAACGAAUUCGUGAGACUCGCGGAGGAAAUCAAGGGCGUCAAAUUCGACGUCGCGUUCGACGACGUGGAGAAGUUGAAGGCUUCGCAAAUCACCGAGUUGCCCGGGCACAAGGCUUCGUACGGCCAGUUUCCCAAGGAGCAGCUGCAGUGGUUCUUCGCCAUUUUCGAGCUGUGGAUGGCGACUGGGUUGGGGAGGGUUGAGAGGGAGGGAUCGCUCAAUGAGCUGUUCCCCGAGAUUAAGCCGUUGACGGCGAGAGAGAUGUUGGAGAAGUACUGGAAGCCAUGA